UGGGCCGCUGGUGUCGCGAGGAAGCAGUUGUACUUCUCGGGUCGCCGAGUCCCAGGUAUUCCGGCCCGGGUAGCCAGGUAGCUAGGCGACCGUGCAGGCCAUUGUGUAGAGUGCGUGGUUCGCUGUUGGCGGACAAACAGGACCAGCCAUCACAUUGGAACGUGGACACGUAAGAUCGGAGCGUUGUGCCAGGUGUUCUCCAUCAGAUGGACUUUGGUUUGACCCGCCACCAGUGCCGACGGACACGAUGGAGCUGGUCUCUCAAACGCGGAGCGUUGAUUGUGGUGGCAUUUUGUGUCAUCAACUUCAUCUACUUAAGAUUCACCCGCAUCCAGUGCUGUCAGGUCUACAGACAUGAUAGUUACCAUGGCAACACAGAAGCGAAGACUGGGGACUCGACCACAGGCGGACAUGAUCUAACCGACGCUAAACUGGAGGCGUUUGUGCGUUCCGGGCAGGUGUUGAACGAGUAUCAGUUUGUGGUCAACUCCGAGGUGUGUUCCAGCUCUGGUGUUCCCCAGUCCGUGUACGUUGUGGCCAUCGUGCCCUCUAAACCGUCUCAUUUCCAAGAACGCCAAGCAAUACGGGAGACCUGGGGAUCACAGUUCAAUAAGAAUGAAAAACUGAAACUGAUUUUCUUAUCAGGACUAGCGGAAGAGAUAACAAACAAAAAUAUUUCAGUGGAGCGAGAGACAUUUUUCGAUGUUGUGCAAGCAAAUUUUAUCGACUCCUACAAAAAUCUCACACGUAAAACUAACGCCAUGUUGCAGUGGUCAAAACAGUUCUGUUCACAGGCUCGGUUCGUGAUGAAAAUUGACGAUGAUGUUUUUCUUGAAUCUGGAAAUUUGAUUCGGAUGCUGCAGUUAAUGGAAGGCGAGUCACGUGCAAUAAUUGGCUACGCCAGAGACCCUGUGGAAGAACCAAUCAGAGACAAUUCAAACAAGUGGUACUUAUCACGUGACCAGUAUCCAUUUGAACGCUUCCCCAGGUUCGUGCAUGGACCAUCGUACGUGAUCUCGCGCGAUCUGGUGACUGAUCUGUACGAGAUUUCCCGUCAUGCUCCACGCAUAUAUUUAGAGGACGUGUACGUAACGGGAUUAUGCGCACAUAUUGCACGUGCUACGCUCGUUGGGACGUCUGGUUUUGCGACCGGACUGGGGUAUUCGCCCGUGUGGUAUAUGAGUGAGUCGGCCGUGACGUCGCAUGACUUCACACCACUCGCCAUGAGAAGGCUGUGGCACCUGCUGCAAGUAUGGCGUAGUUGGCGUCCUUCCUUCAAAUACAUAGGUGCUGUCAUUGGCUACUAAAGGAAGGAUAUUAAAGAAAGAUAUGUAA